AUGGCAAAUAGGCGAAAUAAUGACAGGAACUCAGUAGGUUGGGAAAGUGAGUCAUCGAGAACUUCUGUGAUUGUUUGGACAUGUAUAAUUGCAACAUUAUUUAUAAUAAAGUAUAUUUAUCAACUUUUUUUUGAUAAUGGUUUUAGAACAUCAAAUAUAGGAAAUGAAAUUGGCUCUAGAAAUGGGAUAAAUAGAAAUAAUAAUAGGGCGAGUGCUUUAAAAAUAUCUAUGGGAUUGUGUUUUGGAAAAGAUCACAAAUUCUUCAAUAAUACAAGAAUAUCUGCAAUUUUAACAAAGCUUUGUUUAAAAGCAGACAUCUAUUUAAUAGUACAAGUAAAUAGUGAUGAAGAGGAGUCUGUCUUUAUGAAAACUAUUGAAGACAUGGGUAUACUAGAUAAUGGAUUAAAGAGACACCGGAUAGUAUUCUGUGAAAAGUCUACUAGUAUACCUAGCUUAGCAAGACAGUUGCAGCCACUGAUGCACAUUGACACUAAUAAGUCUCAUUUAGAUUUACUUAGUGGGAAAGUGCCAAAUGUCAUAUAUUUUGAAUUUGAUGAUAAUGGCCAGAGAUUUGAAGAGUGUGUAGAUAAUAUAAACUAUAUUGCAGGCGUAAUUUAA